UUCAUGGAAACUCAGUCUUCAGGAAUCCCACAAGAAAAGACUUAAUUGUAGGUUUAAAAUCAAUUUUUAUUGGAUUUAAGCUCCUGUCUCUGUUACCCAGAAGCUACCUGCUAUUCCCAGCUGCUGCCAUAAAGUAAAGUGAAUUAUCAGUUGAAGCAUUCAUUUCUUUUGUUUCCUUUGGGAUUUUUGUCCUUCUCCCACACCACAAAACCUGCCAUUAGAAACCAACCAUGAAGACUUUUAAGAGUUCUUUUCAUUAAGUUCUUACUUCACCCCACUUCCCCUCCUCCCCUCCUUCCAUAUCUUAUCUCAGCUUAAGUCUUAAAUUAAAGCUGAUAUUUCUUUUCUUCCUUGGUAUUAAAUUGUAUUUAUUUCUUCUCUCUCCCUUCCCCCAUGUUUCCCACACCCCCAAUAGAAACCACCUCUCCUCUCUCUCUCUCUCUCUCUCUGGAAAGUGAUACUUCUUUGCUUAUCUAGUUUUAGAUUUUUUGCCACUCCCUCUCCUCCCUUACUUUCCGUGUUUCUUACCCGUGAUACCCAUAGACCAAGUAAAACUCUCUCUGUCUCUCUCUCUCUUUCUCUCUCUCUCUCGGAAUGGAAAAGAUAUCUUGGUGAGGGUGUGGGGAGACGGAGGCUUGUGGGGUAUUAAUGGGUAAUUGCUGGUUUAGAGGGAACCCAUCCAUUUACAGGGUAUCUUCCAAUGCAAAGUUCGAAUCUCCAAAAAUCCAGAGUCCAGGGAAGGAGGAAGAGAAGGAGGGCAGCAAAUUGCCCUCAAAUCCUGAGGAAGUCGAGGACUUGCGUCGGGACACAGCUGCAAACCCGCUAAUAUCGUUUACUUUUGAUGAACUUAAGAUCAUUACAGCUAAUUUCAGGCAGGACUAUUAUUUGGGUGGAGGUGGGUUUGGAAGUGUUUAUAAAGGAUUUAUAACUGAAGAUCUUAGGGAGGGGCUGCAACCUUUUCAAGUAGCUGUGAAGGUGCAUGAUGGUGAUAAUAGUUACCAGGGUCACAGAGAAUGGCUGGCUGAAGUUAUAUUCCUUGGGCAACUUUCUCAUCCCAAUUUGGUGAAAUUGAUCGGAUACUGCUGCGAAGAGGAGCACCGAGUGCUAAUAUAUGAGUUCAUGGCUCAGGGCAGCGUGGAAGCCAAACUCUUUUCAAGAGUGUUGCUUCCACUUCCUUGGUCUGUCAGAAUGAAAAUUGCAUUUGGUGCUGCAAAGGGGCUUGCUUUUCUGCAUGAGGCUGAAAAACCAGUUAUAUAUCGCGAUUUUAAGACAUCUAACAUAUUGCUAGACGAGGAGUACAAUGCCAAGCUUUCUGAUUUUGGGCUUGCAAAAGAUGGACCAGUUGGUGAUGAAUCCCAUGUUUCUACUCGAAUUAUGGGUACUUAUGGUUAUGCAGCCCCAGAGUAUAUUAUGACAGGGCAUUUGACUGCCAUGAGUGAUGUUUACAGCUUUGGUGUGGUCCUUCUUGAGCUCCUCACUGGAAGGAAAUCUCUAGACAAGUCCCGCCCAGUCCGCGAGCAGACCCUUGCCGACUGGGCCUUCCCAAUGCUCACCCACAAGAAGAAAAUCCUCAACAUUGUAGACCCGAGGUUGAAUGGAGACUACCCUGUUAGAGCUGUGCAUAAGGCAGCCAUGCUGGCCUACCACUGUCUGAACCGUAACCCGAAGGCAAGGCCUCUAAUGAGAGACAUUGUCGACACCUUAGAACCUCUUCAGCUACCCAUGGAGAUGCCAUACAUCAGUAGCAGUUGAUCUCCACUGUGGAUUUGAUCAGGACUAAAGUAUGGUGUAUCAUUGAAGUCGCUUGUGCUUCAGGGGGAUCUUUCUUAAUGUUUGACUCCAAAGACAUGGGUUUUGCUGAGUAUACUCUGGCAGUAUAAUCGGUAGUUUCAGUCUUUGGGAUGGGUUUGAAUGAUUUUACUUGGAGUUGUAAGGUAGUUAUGUAGAAAUAUUGAACAAAGUUGAUAAUUAUAUAUGUGAGCAAUUAAUUUGGUAGUGCAUGAAAUUAUAAGA